CAAUGUUCAGACAGUAACGAGUUCGCGCGCAUUUGCAACACUCUGUACUCUCUAAGCAUCGUUAUCAAGUGAAUAAUAUAUACACAUUCAUUCUCUUUCUAUCUUUCUCUGUGUGCGCACAUCAAAAAUCAUUGAAUAUUUUGCAUUUAAAGUGAGAUAAGUUCGUGCAAUUAGUCAGUCAUCUAUUUACAGUUAAAUUGUAAAAAAGCAUAAUUUCAAAGUCAUAAUUGUUGGUUGAUUGGCAAGGCAAAAAAAAACAACAUCGACAUUUUCCGAAGAUGGACGUUAAAACAAAUUUACAGGUUAUUAUAUGUAUGAUCGCAUUUUUUGAAUGCGAUGCAGCCGCAUUGUUGCGAACACCAAAAGUUUACAAUGCAUUGAUAACGACCGAUCAAAAUCUAACACCAAGCCGUGCCUAUCCCGUAAUACAACCAGCACUUCAAGAUCCAUUCUUUUAUGGACCCUAUGGAUAUACUCCAUACGGUGGUUAUUAUGAUCCAUUCGGUUUCAAUCCAUUUGAAUCGGCUGCAUAUGUACCAAAAUAUGGUGCCAAUGCCGAUGGAACGAUCAAUGUGAAUGCGGCAACCGAUGAAAGUGUACAGCGAAGUGCAAGUGCUGGAAAAGAUGAAACGGCUGUUAUUCAAAAUACAAACACUGAAAAAUCACCGAUUCCAUUGAAUGAGUUUGGUUUUCCGCCGAGUUUAAUUCAACUUUCACCGGGCAAAAAUCCAGUGAAUCUUGCACCAUUUGCGUACAAUUCAUAUCCAUUGAUCUACGAUCAAUUCUCUGGUUACCCGCAGUCAGCAUAUUUACCACAUUUUGGCGUUUUGCCUCAGACAGCCUAUGGACCAUAUGCUGGUAUAACUCCGACAGCUAUUGACGGCAGUAUUGGUGGCGAAAAAGCACCGAUUGGAAGCAAUUUUGGUGGAGCACCAGGUGCCGGUGGAGUUGGAAAUGUCGGUGGUAAUGGAAAUGUUGGUGGAGUAGGAAAUACCGCUGGACUUGUUCCCGGAUUCGCCAAUUCCGGAGUUCCAGUCGCCACACCAAUCGCUCCAGGUGUAGCAGGUUUAAAUGGUCCAGCACCACCUCAAUCAGCAUAUGGCACGGUCGCUGAUGCGCUAAAUCCCAUUUACUUCGAUCGCGAAAAUGGUGUGAGUCAAGGUGGUGGAUUUAAUCCGGCUGCCAAUUAUGGCGAUAAUGGUGGUAUCAAUAAUGGCGUUAACAAUGGAAUUGGAAAUGGAAAAGUAAACGAUGUCAAUGGUGGUUAUGAUGGCAGCGGUAUUGAUGAUUUAAAUAAUAAUGGUUUUAGAACGGCCGCUAGUAAUAAUGCAGCAUACGGUGGCGUUAAUGGAAAUCGUUCAGCGAAUAGAGGUGUUGUGAAUGAUGCUCGAUUAAGAGGAUCGGCCCCAAGCACUUCUGGAAAUGCCCAAAGUUCAGGUGUAGGCAUUCGUUCCACAUCAUCAUCUUCAUCAACAUCAACAUCAUCCAAUGCAGCAUCUGGUUCGGGCUCGAAUUCGGCUGGCGAUAGUGAAAACAGAAACAACAAAAACGCCGUCACUAGCAACGCUAGUAAUGGUGGUGGUGUAGGCUUUCGAAGUUCGUCGCCAUCAUCCAGGUCACAAGGUCAAUCAUCAUUUUCUUCAUCGAAUGGAUCGCAAGGUCAAUCAUCAUUUUCUUCAUCGAAUGGAUCGCAAGGUAGUUUUGUGAGUGGCUCACAGAAUAUUGCAAAAAAUUAAAUGAUUUGAAUAAAUAAAAUGGAUCGAAUCAUAAGAAUUUACGAUAUAAUGUAUUUAUGUUGUGCAUUAAGCAUUCUUCCCAUUUAAGUCUUUCGUUCAAGGCUCAUUCCAACGAAAUAACUAAAUAUUUAUUUAUUUUACGAGCCACUACGAAAUUGAACAUCACAGAAAAUUUAACGAACAUUUAGGCUUAGAUUUUGUUUAUAAGACGAUAGUAAAAAUUAUAUUAUUAUUUUUGUUCACAUAUAUCUGGAAGCUAGAGUUAUUAAACACAUUCCUUCAUUUUUUCAAAACAAAGAAAAGCCAAACAUUCAGAUUAGAAUACGUUUAAACUAUUGAAGUUUGUCGUUAUUUGAAAUGCUUGACAUGUUAGAAAUAUUAUUAUUAUUAUUAUUUUUCAAAAGAAAAUCAUGAGUUAUUGUUUUGUACUGUCAAAUUUUUAAAAGAAAUAAACAGAUCCCAAAAAUGAAAAUGUUAUAAUGUAUUUUGAGAAGAAUGAGAGAAAAUAAAAACAAAAAACACGGCAGUAGCAUACAUUAUUUGAAUCAUUUGAAGUUAUUGCGUCAAAAAGGUACAUAUUUAUUCCACUCAACGGAUACAAGAAUAAACAUAGCUCGGACCGAUAAUCAAACAUACUAAAUAAUAAUGUGACGCAUAAAGGCAAUACAGAAAACGAAACAAAAAAAAAAUUAAAAUAAGGAAACAAUCACAUGAAUACAGU